ACAAGCAAGGGGCAUAGGCAAUGAAUCAGAGUAAAGAGGGUAUCAAACAGAGAAAAAGAUGAGUCCUUUUUCACGGGUUCUAUCUACUUUCUUUGCUCUCAUUAUUGUCCUCUUCUUUCUCAUCAACACCACCACCAUCUCCACCUCAUUCUUCACCUACACCAGUGUUUUCUCUCAUUUCUUGGCCACUUUUCACGGCAAAAACAACCACCACUACUCCUCCAAUGACCAAACAGAUCAACCCAAUCUUAGUCUACGGAGAUCCACAUGGAGGAACCCUUUCAUUGCAUUCAAGGGUAUAAAUGACAUUUCACCCUCCUCUGUUUUCACAAAGAAAAACAUAUCAAGAGCAAUCUCCCCAGAUAUUGCAAAGUGUGGCCCUGUAGAGCUACCUCCAAAUGCAAUAACCCUACCAUAUUGUUGUCCAAUUCUACCCUCACCCUUAAAGAUCAUAGAUUUCAAAGAAUUUGCAAAACCAAAUGCUCCUCUUAGGGUUAGAAAACCAAUCCACUUGCUAGAUGAUGAGUACAUGGCCAAAUUAGAAAAGGGCAUUGCCAUUAUGAAAUCACUACCUGAAAAUGACCCACGUAAUUACAUACAACAAGCCAAAGUCCAUUGUGUUUAUUGCAAUGGUGGUUACCCUCAAAAACCCCCCUUCCAAAACCUAAAGAUUGACAUCCAUAGAUCAUGGCUUUUCUACCCUUUCCACCGUUGGUACAUCUAUUUCUUUGAGAGAAUCUUGGGGAAUUUAAUUGGGGAUCCAAAUUUCGCUGUCCCAUAUUGGAGUUGGGAUUCCAUUGAAGGCAUGCAAAUGCCAAAGUACUUUGCAAACCCAAACUCUUCACUUUACCACCACCUUAGAGACCCAAGACACUUACCACCUUAUAUCGUUGACCUUAACUACCACGUCAAUGCUGAAUCCACUACUCAAGAUCAACAAGUCAAAUAUAAUCUUGCAUUCAUGUACAAGCAAAUGGUUUUGGCAGAUACUAAAGAAGUUUUCAUGGGCGGUGUUUAUCGUCAUGGGGAUCAAGCUCAGCCGGCCAUUGGGUCGGUUGAGCUUGCUCCCCAUAACACCGUCCAUAAAUGGGUCGGAAGGGCGGAUCUUCCGAGCCAGGAAGACAUGGGAACGUUCUAUACGGCGGCCAGAGACCCCAUUUUCUAUCCUCAUCAUUCGAAUUUGGAUAGGUUAUGGGGGAUUUGGACUUCUUUGGAUGGUGGUAGAAAAGAUUAUAGAGAUGAUCAAGACUGGUUAGAUUCCGAGUUUUUCUUCUAUGAUGAGAAUCUGAAUCUUGUUCGUGUUAAUAUAAGAGAUUCUCUUGAUACUAAGAAGUUAGGGUAUGUUUAUGAAGAAGUUGAACUUCCUUGGCUUAAUGCUUCUCCAAAACCAAGUAGAAGCAAGUUGCAAAGGCAAGAAAAGAAGGCUUCACUUUUGGCAUCAUCACAAGAUCCAAUGACUACUACUAUUACCAAGUUUCCUUUGGUUUUGGAUUCUAAGGUAAGUGUUGUUGUUAAUAGGCCUAAGAAAUUGAGAAGUAAAUUGGAGAAGGAAAGAGAGGAAGAGGUUUUGGUUAUGGAGAUUAUUGAUUUGCAUAGUGAUAAAGAUGUGAAGUUUGAUGUUCAUGUUGAUGAUGAUGAAGAAAUGCUGAGUGGGCCAGAUAAAGCAGAGUUUGUUGGCACUUUUACAAGUGUGCCACAUGGUAGCCAUAAAUCAAAGACUAAGUAUUUGGUUGCUAUAUCAAAGGUGUUGGAGAUUUUGGAAGCUGAAGAAGAUGAAAAUAUUGUGGUAACAUUAGCCCCUAUUGUUGGAAAAGGUUUGGUCAGCAUAGGAAGCAUCAUGGUUGAGUAUAUACCAAAGUAGAUAUUGUAAUUAUUAAUAAUUAAUAGUUUGUGUUCUAAAAAAGGUAAAAGAAAAAGAAAGGAGGGGGUGGUGGAAGAUGAAAGUGGUUUGAUUUGUCGAUCAAAUCAUGUGUUUAGUAUAUAAUAAGUUCUUUUAAAAAGUUUUGGAAAAUUUAUUCUUUUCUUCUUUGUUCUUGGUGUAUUACAAAUUUCAUGUAUUAUGGAAAGAUUAUUUAGGAUUGGAUUGGAAUGCAAAGAAAAGUUGUGAUUUAA